GUGUGUGCACAUCAGAGUGCUUGGGAAAAACGACUCCAAUCACCACCGCUGUUCCUGGCUGAAUUUCCCUGGCUGACGUCAGCUGCCUUGGCUCUCCGCUCCUCCGCUCCUCCGGACACGGUGCCGUGUAAAAAUGCUGCUCUCUGUGCCGCCAAGGACAGGAAUCAACCCAUACAACGGCUACACCGGCAAAAACAACAAGAAGCAGACGUAUGUGUCCCCCUCCAACCAUCAGAUGGCUCCUCCAAGCCCCAACAACAACAACAACAGCAACACCACCAACACCAACACCAUCAGCAAUGGCAGUGGCAGCAGCAGCAGCAGCAGCGGGGGAGAGCAGCUGAGCAAAACAAACCUGUACAUCCGUGGCCUCCACCCAGGAACCACAGACCAGGAUCUGGUCAAACUCUGUCAGCCGUAUGGGAAAAUCGUAUCCACCAAGGCCAUCCUGGACAAGACUACUAACAAGUGCAAAGGCUAUGGCUUUGUUGACUUUGACAGUCCAGCUUCAGCUCAGAAGGCGGUGACGGCGCUGAAGGCAGGUGGAGUCCAGGCUCAGAUGGCCAAGCAACAGGAGCAGGACCCCACCAACCUAUACAUCUCCAACCUGCCACUGUCCAUGGACGAGCAGGAGCUGGAGAGCAUGCUGAAACCCUUCAGCCAGGCCAUUUCCACACGCAUCCUCCGUGAUGCCAAUGGAACCAGCCGAGGAGUGGGCUUUGCCAGGAUGGAGUCAACUGAGAAAUGUGAGGCCAUCAUCCAACAUUUCAAUGGAAAAUAUAUCAAGACUCCACCUGGAGUUCCAGUGCCAUCAGAACCCCUGCUGUGCAAAUUUGCUGACGGAGGCCAGAAGAAGCGUCAGAGCCAAGGAAAAUAUCUGCAGAACGGCCGGCCCUGGACGAGAGAUGGGGAGACUGGAGGAAUGACCCUUACCUACGACCCCACCACAGCCUUACAGAACGGGUUCUACUCCUCUCCGUAUAGCAUUGCCCCCAACCGGAUGAUUGGAGCGACCUCCCUCUCCCCAUACAUGCAUUCACCUGUGUCCACCUACCAGGUACACAACCCGUCCUGGAUACAUCACCAGUCGUACAUCAUGCCGCCCACAGGAGCAGUCCUAACGCCAGGAAUGGACCACACCAUGUCUAUCCAGCCGACCUCGAUGAUAGGGCCCCUGACACAGCAGCUCAGCCACCUCUCUAUGGGCAGCAGUGGCACAUAUAUGCCUGCAAACACAUCUAUGCAGGGGACCUACAUCCCCCAGUACACCCAAGUGCCUGCUACCAACAUCUCAGUUGAGGAAAGUGCCGUCCAACAACCCGUUGCCAUAGAGACACCCACAGAACACACAACCUACUCCUACCAGCAUAGCAAGUGAAGAGAUCUUCCUCUGGAGCCGAAGUGACUCUCAAGGGGCCCAAGUGCUGAAACUCGGCACCAUGAUUCUGCACGUAAGGCACGAGACACUUGGGAGGAACCAUGAACUGUUACACAGAAAGGACAAAAAAAAUAAAGAUAUUUUCUACAAACUCAUAUUUUAAAACUCUUUUAAAAUUCUUCUUACUUCAAACAAGCAAGGCUGGAGGAUGGCAGGCAAUGGGAAAUGGAAGAACAGAACAAGGAGCGUCUAUUUUGAUAACAGUCAAGAAAAACAGUCACACACAGACACACAUUACACAUGCUGAAAAGGUUUAUUCCAACGUUAUUCUUUUCUAAUACUACUCCGGGGAGCUAGAAUGAAACCAGGAAAAGAACAUUUCAACACCAUGUUUUAUUUUGAGUCAUGCUUUGUUUUGACCUUUUUGAAAAUGUGCUCAUUUUACUUCUUUUUUUUUUUCUUUAGUCUGAUAUUUUCAGACUUUGAACCUGCCUUUUUGUACAUAAUGCUUUGUUUUGGUGUGUUCCUAGCUUCAUGUGUCCUCUUUUGAUUAAUUGGUGCAAAUAUUUGAAUACAGAAGGCUCAAAAAAACAAACAAACAAAAAACUAACGUCAUUCAAAAAGCAGAUGACUCCUAAUUUAGACAGAUGUGGCCCGUACUUGGAUUAGCUUCUCCUGAAGUGGCCGCAAGUUUUUCGGGUAUGAAACCUUACCUGAAGUGGCCUCGCUUCUUUUUGGCACUUGACUCUCAAAUAAUUUAUAGUUCCAACAAUCUCGACAAAGCUUCAGACAAUCAGAAGAUUACAAAAAAGAGAGAGAGAGAAAAUUUAGAGAUGGUGGUCAGCUUACACAGAGAAGACUUCUUUAAAAAGAGCUCAGUAGAUUUAAAGCAUUCCAGAGAUUAUUAUCAAAAGGUUCUGAACGGUUUACUUUGAGCUGCUCCACUUGAUGAAAUCCAAAGUUUCUCGACAGGGAUCACAUCUCAUACAGAGCUGUCUGUAAAUAAGAGAUUUAAAUUUAUUUAGGCUUUCUUUUGAUUUUCCUUUUUCAGCGUAGUAAUGCUUCAGCUGUUAACAACACUAUACCAAAUUGUCUGAACAGAGCAACUUAUGCGUUGCUGUGUUUUCUGUUUUUUUUUCCUCAUGUCCCUUUUAGAAAAAGGGAAGCUGAAUCUUCACCAAAUCCAGAAAAUGCAUUUUCUGAAGCAAGACUUAGAUGUUGUUAUUAGAGUCUGAAGUUCUUAUUACAAAGACAUGGAAAUCAACUGGCAAAGCGCGGCUGUGCCCUGUUAUAUCUUCAACACUAUCAAGGUGGAUUAUUAUGGCCAGUAGAAAGCUUUAAUACUGGCUAUUGCUGUGUGUUUCCAUCUGUUUCUGUAUUUCCGUUUUUCACCCUCAUGAUUUUUUUUUUUUUUUACAUUUUGUAUUUAAAUGUUUUCUUUUUUUUUUUUUUAAUUCAGUUUCAAUACUUUUAAGAUUUAUCCUAUUUUUCAAAGAAGCUUUGAUUUUAUUUUUGAUAGUGUGUUGAGUGCUUAAAUAGUGAGAAAUAGAUGUUUUCGACUUUUUUUUUAAUAGUGAUUUGUUUGUAUGUUUUGCAUACGUUUCUUGUUCUGGUUUCAGUGUUGAUGUCAAAGAGGCUUUAAUAUUUUUUUUUUUUUUAGACAUUUCAGUUCUGUCUGUGUCACAAAUGUUGGCACUUUAUGAACAUGACUCCUGAUCAUGGAUGAAUUAUGUAUGCUAGGUUCAGAUACAUUGUUACAGAGUUGUACCCCAAGCAGUUGGGAACAAUGUUAAGAGAAUUAUAUGUUCAAAACCUUGACUUACCUCAUCCUGCCAGAGCAAUGUAGAUUCAGUUUGUGUAUAAGGUUCACAGGCAAUAACCAACUACAGUGGGUCUCAUGGCUGUUCACAGCUGGUACUGUGUCCACAUCCUUUAACUCUUCCGUCCAACGUUCGGAAAACACGCCCAAGGUCUGAUGAUCUAUGCAAUUAAUUUAUUAUCCUUAUAAAUGCAAUACUACAGAUAUCCAAGAGACACCUCACAUAAUGACAAUGGAUCACCUCACUAAAUGACUUCACAUUCUGGCUUACGUGGAUUUCAUCUUUCAUUAUACAUACAUUGAGAGUUUUUAUUGUUUUCAGAUUGACACUCAUCUAUGGUUCAUUAAUUGUUAAUAAAAAUUGCUGCAUUAAAAGGGAAAUAUUUCAUACCAAAAUGUGGUGACUAUGACUGUAGGAAAUGUAGGAACUAUUAAAAAAAAAACACAAAAAAAACAACAAAAAACAAAAAACAAAAUGGCAGGUGUGCUUUAAGUGUAUGAAGGUGGGUGUCGCCCACUCUAUCCAGUUUUUUUUUUUUUUUUGUAAUAAUAGACACCAUUUGGUUGUAUUAGAUUGUUCCAUCCAACUGCAGUUUUUUAUGUUUUAUGUGUCCUGUCUUGUCCUGUUUGGUAACUGUUUUCUGUUUAUUUCUUUAAAACCGUGAAACAGUUCAUUACCAGGCAAAAAUUAAACUUCACAGAAAUGCCUUAGAUUUCACUGGAAGGGAUAGUGAAGUGCUACUCAGUUUUGGUGAGCUUGACCUCUGACUGGAAUUUUUUUUUCAUGCACUGCUAAUGUUGAAAAGAGUUUUGUUAUAUCAGAACUACUCUGAACAUAGAUCUAUGAAGCAAAGAAAUAUUUAGAACUUUUAAUUACUAUUUUGUGUUCCUUUGUCAUUCCAUUUUUUAUCCAAAAUAUUGAAGAAAAUCUAAGUGGUGGCUUACUGAAAGAACUAUUGCUGCUAAGUCUGGAUUGCUAAGUAUUUAGAAAACGUUUAGCUGAAGGUCAUUCAAUAUAUCAACUCACACAUGGGACCAGUUUGUAACUCAUGUUCAAUAAUGUCCAUGCAGGUUUUUUUUUUUUGGUGCAUCAAACAACCUCUCCUCAGUAAAUGUUUGUCCGUCUGUGCCAUGAUGCAGGUCUUUUGUCUUCUUCACAGAAAAAAACCCUACAGCUAUUAAACUUUUAACUUGG